AUGGUUCGACUCAUUGUCGCAGCGUUCAUUUUUGGCUUGGCUGCCGGACAUGAAAAUGUUCAUCCGCCAAAGUCCAUCAUAGGCAUCAACCCUUUCACCCCUCAGGGUCGCAUUGUCGGAGGUCGGGAGACUAGCAUAGAGGAGCACCCUUGGCAGGUAUCUCUUCAGUUUCUUGGAUUCCACUUCUGCGGUGGAAGUAUCAUCUCUCAAGAUACAAUCCUUACUGCCGGUCACUGUACGGUCAGCUAUCCAGCCUCAAUGAUGUCCGUGAGGGUUGGAAGUUCCAGAACUGCCGACGGUGGAGCUCUUCAUGAUGUCCACGAGAUUGUACGCCACGAGAACUUUAAAACCAACAUCUAUGGUAUCCCGGAGAACGAUGUGGCUUUGCUCAAGCUGAAGUCUAGCAUCGACCUAAGCAAGACAACCCAACCGAUUCCUCUAUUCGAUCUGAAAGAAGAAGUCACCGAAGGUGUCUUGUCAACCAUUUCCGGUUGGGGUGCGACUAGAGAAGGUGGAAAUGCCCCUGCAGUUCUUCGCACUGUUGACGUUCCGAUCGUCACUAAGGCCGAAUGUAGCAAGGCUUACGAGUCAUGGGGUGGUAUCCCAGAGGGUCAAAUUUGCGCUGCCUAUCCAACUGGUGGAAAGGACACCUGCCAGGGUGACUCCGGCGGUCCUCUCGUCGUUGCUGGACGCCAAGCCGGUAUCGUCUCCUGGGGUAACGGUUGCGCCAGACAGGGAUAUCCCGGCGUUUAUACUGAAAUCGCAGCUGUCCGCGAAUGGAUCAAUGAGCACGCUAAUGUAUAAUGUAAAAAUGUACUCCCUGUGUAACAGAAUUUUUGUGCAACUAUAAAUGA